CUAGCACAUACACUUUCUCAGACACCUUCAGAUAUUUGGUUAGAAGAAGAAAUCCAUUAAUUUAUAACUGUAUUUCUUUCUUUUUGCAUAUAAAUAGCACAGCUUAGUAUUUCAGUUUCUGGGUUGUCUUUCUUUUUUGGUUGUUUGGGUUUUUUGAGAAAGAAAAUCAGAGAACAAGCAGUUGAAAGAGUUGAGUGGCAACUGAGAGUCCAUAAGUAUUUAAUCAUGGGGAGAGGUAGAGUUCAGCUUAAGCGCAUAGAGAACAAGAUCAACAGGCAGGUGACUUUUUCCAAAAGAAGAACUGGGCUGCUGAAGAAGGCUCAUGAGAUCUCUGUCUUGUGUGAUGCUCAGGUUGCUUUGAUUGUCUUCUCCAACAAGGGCAAGCUCUUUGAGUACGCCACAGAUUCAUGCAUGGAGCAAAUCCUCGAACGCUAUGAAAGAUACUCUUACGCCGAAAGACAGCUAGUCGAACCAGAUUUUGAGUCACAGGGUAACUGGACCUUUGAAUAUUCCAGACUAAAGGCUAAGGCUGAGGUUUUGCAAAGAAACCAUAGGCACUAUUUGGGAGAAGACCUGGAUUCCUUGACUCUCAAGGAAAUCCAAAAUUUGGAGCAACAGCUUGACACCGCUCUUAAACAAAUUCGAUUAAGAAAAAACCAACUCAUGAAUGAAUCCAUCUCUGAGCUUCAGAGAAAGAGAAAGGCGAUACAGGAGGAAAAUAACUUGCUAGCAAAGAAGAUAAAGGAGAAGGAGAAGGCUGCAGCUCAGCCCCAGGUUCAAUGGGAGCAGCAGAACCAUGGCCUUGACCUGCUUCCACAGCCACUUCCAUGUCUAAACAAUGGGGGGACGCAGCAAGAUGAAUUCCUUCAAGUGAGGAGGAACCAGCUGGACCUGACUCUGGAACCAUUAUAUGAAUGCCAUCUCGGAUGCUUUGCUGCUUGAUCAUCAAUCGUUAGAAAAAGGUGGAAGAAUUAAAUGGAAAGAAAACAAAACUACAUAUGUGUGCUAUUUCUGUAUUAAAUUUCUGGUUUCUUGGUAAAUUUGGACCAACCCUGAACGUAGUAGCAAUCCAUAUAUGAGGAAUUGAACUUUGAAAGUGUUCUGUAAAUCUAUUUAUAUUCAUGCCAAAAACCUGAGAAAUAUUGAGUAAAUGUGUGAGCUAAACUCUCUGUCUAUCGAUUUCAAACUCUAUGUGCGAGCUAAACUCUGUUUGUCU